AUGGCGACCUUCGCACGUCCUGUGGCCUCCGCCGUCUCGGGGGUUGACUUUGGGGUCUACAACGAUGCGGAUAUCAAAGCUAUCUCUGUAAAGCGAAUCCACAAUACGCCGACGUUGGAUUCCUUCAACAACCCGGUUCCUGGUGGAUUGUACGAUCCGGCUAUGGGAGCGUGGGGUGAUCAUGUCUGUACGACUUGUCGCUUGAACUCAUGGUCUUGUACUGGUCAUCCUGGACAUGUCGAACUUCCGGUUCAUGUUUACAAUGUUACGCAUUUCGACCAAUUGUAUCGUCUACUCCGAGCGCAGUGUGCUUACUGCCAUCGAUUCCAAAUGUCCCGAACCCAACUUAAUGUCUACACCUGCAAAUUGCGACUGUUGCAACAUGGAUUGGUUGACGAGGCCGCCGUCAUCGAUUCUUUGAGUAAGAAGAAGGACAAGAAGCAGGGGAAGGAUGCCGACGGUUCCAGCAGCGAGGACGAAGAUGAGGAGGAUCUGAUCGCGAAAAGAAACAACUACGUUCAAAGAACCAUCCGGGAGGCCAAGGCCGCGGGUAAACUGGCCAACCUCAUGGCUGGCAUCAAGAACCCCAUUGCCUCGGAAGAGAGACGUACCUUGGUCAAGGACUUCUUUAAAGAUCUUGUCAGCAUCAAGAAGUGUGCCAGCUGUAAAGGAGUUUCUCCAGGAUUCCGAAGAGACCGGUACUCGAAAAUCUUCCGAAAAGCCUUGCCCGAGAAGACGAAACUUGCUAUGGUACAGGGUGGUUUCCAGGCGCCAAACUCCCUUGUCCUCGUUCAACAGGCCAAAAGGUCCAACCUAAAAGAGAAGCAGGCCCUUGCGAACGGGGUCUCGGAUACUGCCAGCGUUGUUUCAGAGACCCAUGGAGCAGAGGAAGAAGUUGCUCGUGGCAAUGCCGUCAUCUCCGAGGAGGAAAGCCAGAGACAGACCGGUGACGGUGGGCAAUACAUGCCCUCUCCCGAGGUCCAUGCCGCGAUCACCCUGCUCUUUGAGAAAGAGGCGGAGAUCCUUAGUCUCCUUUAUAACUCUCGACCUCUAUCGAAGAAAGAGUCACAAGUCAGCGCAGACAUGUUUUUCAUCAAGAGCAUAUUGGUGCCGCCAAACAAGUAUCGUCCGGCUGCUCCUCAGGGACCCGGCGAGAUUAUGGAGGCCCAGCAGAACCAACCUUUCAGCCAAAUCUUGAAACACUGCGACUUCAUCAAUCAGAUCAGCAAGGAGCGACAGACAUCGAGCGGCAGCUCUUACACCCGUGCCCGCGAUUAUCGUGAUCUGCUUGCUGCCAUCGUGCAGCUUCAGGAUACGGUUAACGGUCUGAUUGACCGUGAUAGAAGCGGGCUUUCGGGAGCGGCAGCCCUCGCGGCUCCGAACGGUAUCAAACAAAUCCUGGAAAAGAAGGAGGGCUUGUUCCGAAAGAACAUGAUGGGAAAGCGUGUCAACUUUGCUGCCCGAAGUGUUAUCUCUCCUGACCCUAACAUCGAAACUAAUGAGAUCGGUGUGCCGCUGGUCUUUGCGAAGAAGCUGACCUACCCGGAACCGGUGACAAACCACAACUUCUGGGAGAUGAAGCAGGCAGUUAUCAACGGCCCCGACAAAUACCCGGGUGCCAUGGCAAUCGAGAACGAGGUGGGACAGGUCACGAACCUCAAGUUCAAGAGUUUGGAUGAGCGAACCGCCCUGGCCAACCAGCUGCUGGCACCGUCGAACUGGCGCAUCAAGGGAUCCCGCAACAAGAAGGUCUACCGCCAUUUGACCACCGGCGAUGUUGUCCUGAUGAACCGUCAGCCCACGCUCCAUAAGCCCUCUAUCAUGGGUCACAAGGCGCGUGUGCUCCCUAACGAGAAGGUCAUCCGCAUGCACUACGCCAACUGUAAUACUUACAACGCCGAUUUCGAUGGUGACGAGAUGAACAUGCAUUUCCCGCAGAACGAGCUUGCGCGGUCCGAGGCUAUGAUGCUUGCAGACGCGGACCACCAGUAUCUCGUUGCGACAUCUGGAAAACCCUUGCGUGGUUUGAUUCAGGAUCAUAUUUCAAUGGGAACAUGGUUCACUUGCCGAGACAGCUUCUUUGACGAGGACGACUACCACCAGCUGCUCUACAAUUGCUUGAGACCGGAGAAUUCGCAUACCAUCACGGAGCGCAUCCAGCUGGUUGACCCAACCAUCAUUCGCCCGAAGCCUCUUUGGACAGGAAAGCAGAUCAUUACAACCAUCCUUAAGAACAUCAUGCCUCCUGGAAGAGCUGGUUUGAACAUGACGAGUAAGUCUUCGACGCCCGGUGACCGAUGGGGCGAAGGCAACGAAGAAGGAAACGUCAUCUUCAAGGAUGGCGAGUUCCUCAUUGGUAUUCUCGACAAGAAACAGCUUGGACCUACUGCUGGUGGUCUCAUUGACUCUAUUCACGAAAUCUACGGUCACACCAUCGCUGGAAGACUAAUUAGUAUCCUUGGACGUCUCCUGACGAGAUUCCUGAACAUGCGAGCAUUUACUUGCGGUAUCGACGAUCUCCGCCUGACCAAGGAAGGCGAUCGCACUCGUAAGGAAGUCCUCAAGAAGGCUGAUGGUAUUGGUCGCGAAGUUGCGCUGAAGUACGUGACUCUCGACAAUGCCAACGUGCCCGACGAGGACGCUGAACUGCGACGACGUUUGGAGGACGUGCUUCGAGACGAAGAGAAACAGGCUGGUUUGGAUAGCGUUUCGAACGCUCGCACUGCCACGCUGUCUACCGAGAUCACCAAGUCCUGUCUUCCGGGCGGAUUGGCCAAGCCUUUCCCGUGGAACCAAAUGCAAUCGAUGACCAUCUCCGGUGCCAAGGGUUCCGGUGUUAACGCGAACCUGAUUUCCUGCAACCUGGGUCAACAGGUUUUGGAAGGUCGCCGUGUUCCUGUCAUGAUCAGUGGUAAGACCCUGCCGUCGUUCAGGGCUUUCGACACGAACCCUAUGGCUGGUGGUUAUGUCUGCGGUCGUUUCUUGACUGGUAUCAAGCCCCAAGAGUACUACUUCCACGCCAUGGCCGGUCGUGAGGGUCUUAUCGAUACCGCCGUCAAGACCUCUAGAUCUGGUUACUUGCAGCGUUGCUUGAUCAAGGGUAUGGAAGGUCUGAGGGCCGAAUAUGACACCUCCGUCCGAGAAGUAUCCGAUGGAUCCAUCGUGCAGUUCCUGUACGGUGAGGAUGGUCUGGAUAUCACGAAGCAGGUUCAUCUUAAGAAUUUCGAUUUCUUGGCAUCCAACCACAAGUCCAUCAUGUCUCAAGUCAACCUGACCAACGACUUCCAGAACCUGGCGAAGGAUGAAGUCACCAACUGGCACAAGGACGCUAUGAAGGCAGUGCGCAAGACCGGAAAGGUUGACGCUAUGGACCCCGUACUUUCUCUUUACCACCCCGGUGGUAACCUGGGCAGUACGUCAGAAUUAUUCUCCCAGGCGCUCAAGAAGUACGAGGAUAGCAAUACCAACGAGCUCUUGAAGGACAAGAAGAAGGGCAUCGAGGGUAAAAUUAGCAAGAAGUCAUUCGACACUUUGAUGAACAUGAAGUAUUUGAAAUCCGUCAUCGACCCUGGUGAGGCGGUCGGAAUUAUGGCUGGUCAAUCUAUCGGAGAACCUUCAACUCAGAUGACUCUGAACACUUUCCAUUUGGCUGGUCACUCGGCGAAGAACGUGACGCUGGGUAUUCCUCGACUACGUGAAAUCGUCAUGACUGCUAGCGCCGCAAUCAUGACGCCGACCAUGACCCUGGAACUGAUCGAGGAAUUGUCCAAGGAGGAAUCCGAAAGGUUUGCCAAGGGAAUCAGCAAGCUCAGUAUUGCGGAGGUCGUCGACAAAGUGACCGUUUCGGAGAAAAUCUCCACCGGCAGCACGAAAUCCAAGGUCUACGACGUUGAAGUCUCCUUCUUCCCAGCAGAGGAAUAUAAGGCGGAGUAUGCUAUCACGACCAAGGAUAUCCAAAACACGCUGCAGAAUAAGUUCAUCCCCAAACUUGUGCGACUCACCCGAGGUGCUCUCAAGAAGCGGGUUGAUGAGAAGACGGUGAAGAACUACUCGACUGCUCAGCCUGAGAUUGGUGCCUCCGUCGGCACCGUCCAGGAGGCUUCUGGUGUCGCCGAUGCGGAAAUUGACGCAGAUGAUGAUGACGAGGAGGACGGUGACGAUGCCAAGCGCUCCAAGGGUGCCCAGAACCGCUCGAACCAGAUCUCUUACGAGGACGCUGAGGACGAGGAGGUCGACAUGAUCCAACGACUCGACGACCAGGAUGGCAGCGAGGAUGAGGACGAGGACAGCGCUGCAACAAAGAACAAGACGGGCGAUGUUGAGAUGGCCGAUGCCGACGACUCCGACUCGGACGACGAGGAAGCAAAGGACAGCAAAUUGCGGGAAGACGAUAUCCGGGGCCGGUUCGCGGAAGUCACCAAGUUCAAGUUUAACCCCAAGAAGGGCAACUCGUGUACCGUCCAGCUGCAAUACGACAUUGCCACCCCCAAGCUUCUUAUCCUGCCUCUGGUCGAGGAGGCCGCCCACAGCGCCGUCAUCCAGUCCAUCCCCGGCCUCGCUAACUGCACGUAUGUCGAGGCCGAUCCGAUCAAGGGCGAGCCCGCCACCGUCAUCACCGAUGGUGUCAACCUGCUUGCCAUGCGCGAUUACCAGGACUGCAUCAAGCCUCACUCGCUCUACACCAACUCGAUCUACCACAUGCUGGCCCUGUACGGUGUUGAGGCUGCUCGCGCCACCAUCGUCCGCGAGAUGUCCGAGGUCUUCGAGGGUCACAGUAUCUCCGUUGACAACCGUCACCUGAACCUAAUCGGUGACGUGAUGACCCAGUCCGGCAGCUUCCGCGGUUUCAACCGUAACGGCCUGGUCAAGGACAGCUCUUCGCCCCUGUCCAAGAUGAGCUUCGAAACCACCGUCGGCUACCUCAAGGAGGCUGUCGUCGAGAGAGACUUCGAUAACCUGAAGAGUCCCAGUAGUCGCAUCGUUGCCGGUCGUCCUGGAAUCGUGGGAACCGGUGCUUUCGACGUCCUUGCUCCUGUGGCUUAA